ACAUAAUGUUGUGUUGGUUCGUGAAUAUAUAUAUUUUGCCUAUUGAGCGAUAAGGGGUAAAGAUAAUAUAUAAUACACCAACGUGAUGGCAAGUGGGAGCUUCUUGGGAGCCUCUGGAGGGGCUGGUUUAAAUGCAAGCCUUCCACCUCUGCCUCCCUCCCCUGGACAAAACUUGGCUCAAAAACUCCCCCAAAUAACAACCGAAACAGAACUGCAAAAAAUGUUAGCUGAUGAGCGGAUGCGAAGUCAAAUGCACAGAACAAACUAUGAACAGUUAAAACAAGAACAUAGAAGAUUGCAAGAUGAAUACUCUAAACUGGAAGAUGAAAUUAAGCACACCAUUGAGGAGAGUAAGAUUGUGCAAGAGAAAUACAAAACAAUGUAUGAACAAGCAAGGAAAGAUCUGACAAUCAAAUCUGAACAGCUGGAGGAGCUUCGCAGUAAGGUGGUGACACCCCAACGUUUGGAGAUCUUGAAGAUGCAGGUGGUAGAUGAUAUGGAAAAAACCUACAAAGAGAAGUACCACAAGCAGGAGGCAGAGUUAGAUGAGUUUAAAACUACCUGUACUAAACUCAAGUACGAGCUCGCAUUUGUUAAGUCUGAGUUUGAACAUGACAAGUUAGAAAACCAGCGCAUUCUAGAGGAAAUACGAUUACAACAAGAGGCAGAGGUGUCAAAUCUGAGGAAAGAGCGAGAGGUGACUUUGACUAAAAUGAAGGCAGAAGGCAAUCUAGACUCAGAGCGGGUACGUGUCUUGCAACGUGAGAAUGCUCAGAUGCAUCUGAAGCUAAAGAGCUUGACCACAGAAAUGGAGGAGAUUCAGGCUCAGAGAGAGAAACAGAACUUUGAUGUGGACCACCUCAAUCGUGUACAGGCCAAACAGAUUGCUGAGUUCACAGCAUCCAUUAAGUCUAUGGAGACAGAGAGGGAGUCACUGCGUAAACAAGUUGAGCAGCUCCAGCGAGACUUGUCAGCCACAGGAGACACUCACAAUAAGCUGAUUUCUCGUACACAUGAAGUGGAGCGGGAAAACAUUCAGCUAAAAAAUCAAGCAGAUGAGGUAUCACAUAAGAGCAAGGUAGAUCUCACUAAUCUGAAGAUGGACAUGCUGAAACAGAGAGGGGAUCUGGAGCGUGAUCGUGACAGACUAUCCAACCUCAUCGAUGAUCUUCAAACAAAACUGGAAAUUUCUAAACACACCAUUGACCAGCAGUCACGGGGGCUUGCAGAGAAAGAGAGGGAGGCAGUGCGCCGUGUUCAGGGAGCACGUGAAGAAGAGUUUGAAAAAUUCACAAAACUGGAGAGUGAGAAGCUUGCCAUGGAAACUAAAUUACAAGAAAUCGAGCGAAGGAAAAUUGAUGAGGAGGCUCAAAAACAUGCAGAGAGAGAAAAAACAGAAGAAAGGAUUCGUGCUGCCAUGGACCAGAAGGAUAUUGCUGAACGAGAACUUCUUGUUAUAAAGACAAAACUAACUCACUCACACUCUACAUCAGACCAACUCGAGAGAGAGAGGCGAGAAAACUCUGAAUUGAAAAGUAAACUCAACAAAGUGGAAACCGAACUCAACAGUUUUAUGGGAAAUGAACACGAAAUGACAGAUGAAAAUAUUAGGUUACGCAAUCAAGUAGAACUCUUAAAGGAGGAAGUGAAACUGACAAAAGAUCAGUUACAUAGAAUUCAAGAUAACCAUGAUUUAAUAGUGGCUCAACAGAAAACUGCCUUCACUGAUGAUAGAGCGCAACUUGAAUUACGGGUACAUGAACUGGAAAACAAACUGGGCAUAGCUCAAAAGAAAUAUCAAAAGGCUUGUAGUGUUUACAAAAAGUAUAAGAAACGCAGUCAACAUGUAGUGGAGAAUACUCGAGACCGUCUUCAACUGAUGGAGGCUAAAAAUGAGGAGCUGCAGUUGGAAAAAAAAGCUUUAGAGUCCUGUGUGCCUCAGGAUACCUACAAUAAACUGAAGAAGCAGUGGAAAGACCUCCAGAGACGUCACGGAGAAUUUCGCCGCUUCCUACUCUCAACAGGGGGUUUACAGCAGGUGGCCAUCGGAGACAUGUCAUUUGGAUCUGUGAACCUGGCAAUGGAUGCUACCCUCAUACCUAAUGUCAGCUUCACAGAGCAGGAGAGGAAACACCAGGAAGACUUGCGUUUACUCAAACAGCGUCUGGACAUUGUUGAUAACAACCAGCAACAUCAACUGGAGGAGCUUCAGGAGAUUGCCCACAGUACAUUUAAGGGUUCCUUGCCUGGUGUAGAGGACCUGUCUGAGGGGCCUCAUACAACUAAGGAGUUGGAUAGAAACUUUAAGGACAAUGUUACAGCUACUAUGGGAGAGGAUAUCGAUGAUUAUGAAGAUGAUUAUGAUGAUUCAGACAGUAUUGAAAAAGCCGACACAGAAAAGUCAAGCUGAUGUGUUUCCUCUGUUCUAGGCCUUUGUAUCUGUGAUAGUAACUUGUCAAAUUUUGGUGUCAUGUAAGGUGCAUACUCAAUAGGACUAUUUUUAUAACAAGCCUUUUCUAAACUUCUUUGUACUUUUUCUAUGAUUUUAGAAAAUCAUCGGGUAAAUUUUACUAGUUUUUACCUUCUUAGACACGAGUUAUCCGAUUAGAAAUCUUGAAUUAAAUUUAACAAUUGAUAUCAAAAGCCUGAUGGUGUGUGUACGAGAUGUUAGCUCCUGCUGGGUGUGGUGAUAAAUCCUCUGUCACACAUGACAAACAUGUAGUACAGGCGUCUGUUUCAAUUUUAAUAUUUUUGAAUGUUUAGAAAGAAGCAUUACAAGUUUAACAAUUGAAAAAUGUUCUCUACUAUGGAACAGUAAAUAACUUUUAACACCUGGCCUUCAAAAAAAA